CUGGAGUGGGCCCGUUCUGCCUACCUCAACGCAAUUCAACGACAAGAAUCGCAGAAAUUCAUCCAUUCAACACUUUCACCCACGUCACUUUGUACAAGCAAACCCAAACAGAUUAUUAAGGAAAUUUUACGCUCACAUUCGAUACGCGACCACAAAGUCCUGGAAGAAACCCAUCCGCGAUAUCAUCCCCCAUGGAUCUUCUUUCGACCGUCCGCAAGUCGGGUUCCCGAGGCGGCGUCAACUUCAGCUGGGACGAUGUCGCCAACUCAGCACACCGCGAGAACUAUCUCGGCCACAGUCUGAAAGCCCCAGUUGGUCGCUGGGCCAAAGGGCGGGAUCUCAACUGGUACGCCAAGGCAGAACCAUCAGCUGCGAACGCUGGAGAAACCGAGGAGGAGAAGGAGGCGCGCGAGCGCCGCGAAGAAAUCCGCAGGAUAAAGGAAGCAGAAGAGGAUGCCAUCAACCGCGCAUUGGGCUUGCCUAUCACGCCACGAAACACCAGUGGCGCGAAUGCUAUCGAGGUCCAAGGCUCCAAAAUCCCAGAACGAACAGAGGAGGGUUCCGCUGAACAACCGAUAACAACACCAGCCCCGAAGGAAGCGCAAGCAGGGGAAUCGAGGAGAGCAAGGCACCGCGACUCAGAGAGACAUCACAAGCGGAGACACAGGAGCAGAAGUCGUGAACGUGGUCAUGGCCGCGACAGGGAGCGUGAUCAGGAGCGCCAUCGUGAACGGGAUAGACAUGACAGCCGCAGUCGUGACCGGAGACGUGAUGGGCCGGCAGACCGAGGAGGGAGAGAAUACCGUCCUAGUCGCAGAAGCCGGAGCCCUGAGCGUCGUUCACACCGUGAUGAUAGGACGAGAGAUGAAGAUCGGAAUCGGAGCAGAGACCGGGGAAGACAUCACCACCACAGAAGGCGCAGUCAUAGUCCUGGUCGGAGCAGGAGCAGGGAUAGGAAAGCAAGGCAUGACCGACGAUGAGGAUUAUUACGCAGAAUUCAGUUUGGCAUCGGCGGGAGUAAAACACUCUUUCGUACAGUAUAAUUAUCAGUCUUAUUAGCGGCACGCUACAUGUAAUGGAUUAUUAGUAAGCUUAGCACCCUCGUGAUUCUAAACCGUUCCUGUGUCGUUCUGUCACCGUCUUUUUAUUUGGCUGCUGGAAGCUCUUUGGCCCAUCAUUGUUGUCCGGGCAGUGGCAAACCCUCUUGCCUGCCUGGUGCCUGGAAGGCAUGGCGGGGAUUUGUUUUAGUGGAGUUUUAGGGGUACCCUGCGCUGAAAGGGGACCCUGCUAGCCU